AUGCCUUUCGAGACAAAUUUACGGAAUACUUGCAUAUUUCUCGCCGUCUUCAUCCUCGCCUUUUUCCCAGGCGCGCUUCACACUUUACUCCAGCCUCUUCUCAAUCCCUUCAGUCUCUUCUCCGUAGGCGACAAACGCCCGCAGGCAUUACCAAGUUGUCACUGUUGCCCACCAGCCAGCUGCUCGAUCAAUACACCUCCGGUCUUGCCGCUGCUCGCCACGAUGUCCUGGUCUCAAAAGCAAUUCACAUUGACAGCUCGUGCCAAGGGAAGCUACCUCAUCACCGAUCAGGUUGUGAAUGCGCUCCCCGAAAUUCGCUCGUAUCAGACUGGUCUAUUGCAUUUAUUCAUCCAACAUACGUCAUGCGCACUUUCGUUGAACGAGAACUUUGACAGCGACGUUCGUGCGGACAUGACUGACGCGCUCGAUCGUCUCGCACCCGAGGAUCCGGAAGGCAAGAUUUAUCGACAUGCGGACGAAGGACUAGAUGAUAUGCCGGCCCAUGUCAAGAGUGCACUCAUCGGCGCCAGUGUGUCGAUACCGAUCACGGACGGCAAGCUGAACACUGGCACAUGGCAGGGAAUAUGGCUAUUGGAAUUCCGCGCAGCGAAACAGGCAAGGAGAGUAGUGGCAACCAUCCAAGGCGAGAAGAAAAAGUGA